AUGCCUGAAUCGGUACGAGAUGGGCAGCAGGAGGUUAUUUUUCUUCAACGCCUGCACUCUGCUGAGUGUCUCUUCAUCCAGGGCGAGGUAGCAGCGUCGGGCGUAAUCCAACAGCUUCUCCUUGGAGGAGUCAAACUCUCCCACUUCAGCCACUUUCUCGGGGGCCACGAGAUGCAGCUCAGCAAUGGGCGUGGUGGAGGCCACAGUGUUGCGGUCAACACCGUGGAUUUGGAAGGCCUUGGUCAUGUUUUUGAGGCGCUGAUGAAGCGGUCCAGCUGGCACCGCAGGAAGUCCCGCUCCUCCUCCAGAUCCUCAAUUCUUUUCUGUAGCCACGAGUUUUUCUCCACAGAGAUCUGGAGCUGGGUCCGCAGGUUGUUGAUCACCAUGUAUGAGUUGCUGACUGUAGACGGGCCUGCACUCGAGGCUGGUUCUGAGGAUGACAAGAACAGCUCCAGUGUUCACAGUCCAGCCAUGGGACAGAAGUAUGACGGGUUGUCCCAUUGUAAGCUCGCUCUGGUGUUUGCCGUGGUGAUGGACGUGCUGGGUGUGACGUCCCUGCUGGUAGGCGUCUUCGCUUCCCUAGAGAUCCAGGGCGAAGACUUUGGGGAUCUGCUGGUGUACUCUGGAGCUCUGUUGGUCCUGUUUUCCAUGGCCGGCUGGGUGCUUUGGUAUAGUGGCAACAUCGAAGGUCUGCAUUUACAAAAAGACGUGAACGGACGUUUGGGUUCUGCUAUGGACCGACUGGCUCGCUCUGUCAGCCGGAGGAUGCGGAUCCCCAGGACUCACAGCAGUCCCAGUUAGACAGUCAAGGCAACAGUCUGAUUCUUGUUGAGCCAAAUUACUUGAAACAAAAGCAUGAUUCAGGGCUUUUCUUUCUGUCAGUUUUUGAUAAAAAGACCUUUGUUUGGUUGACCUUUGUCAACCUUGGUUUUUAUAAACAGAAUCUGUGGAUGUGCUUAAGUAUGUGCACAUGCACUAGUUUGUAUAGUCGUUUAUAUUAAAAUUAUUUCAAUGAAUGAGUGUCUUUUCUCAGAUGCGUCGUUAAUAAUUUGUCAUCUUUGCUAAAUUAUUAUACAGGUAUAGCUCAGUAAUUUAAAACAUCCUCAGAAAGCGAAUUUCAGUAAAUCUGUUCAUAAAGUUAUGCUCACAUAUAUUCAUUGUAAACAGAGUAUAUAUCUCAAUAUAUUUAUAUUAACGUAUUGCUACUUAUUUUGAUGAUCAUGGGUUACACUCAACGAAAACCCAAAAUGUAGCUUUUAAGAAAAUAAAUGUACUCAAUACUUAAUGGGGACUCCAACUGCAUGAUUUAUAGGAUCUGUACAGCAUGGCAUGGGGAGAACCAGCCUUUGGGUCAGCUGAUACGUCAAAGAACCACAAGUUGCUUUAUUACUGGCUUCCAGUUUGUCUGCAUUGCUGGGUCUGGUGUCCUCAUCUUCCACUUGACAAUCCUCUGGAGCAGUGGUUCCCAGACCUGGUCCUCAAGGCACACUUUCCUUGCUUCCAAACACCUGACACAAUGGAUGGUGGAUUAAAAGGUUUCCGCAGCAUUUGGUGUUUGCAGAGAUCAUUUGAAUCAGGCGUGCUGGAACAGAGACUCAGCUGAUCUCAACAUGCAGGGCAGGGGUACUUGAGGAACAGGUUUGGGAGCCAGUGCUCUAGAAGACCAGUUUACAUGUCAAUCAAGUAUAGCAACACCAUGGUCAUUAAAGCUGGUAUUGAUACUUGUGGCUGUCUGGGCAGGUCCAAGGUUCUGCAGGGAAAUGAAAACAUCCCUAUUAAGCUCGUCAGUAAAGCGAAAUUGUUCCUGAAAUAGAUUUUGGACUUUAUUUUUUAUAAAACACACUAGAAAAAUACCAACAGAUGAUAUGGAACCCCAGAUGAUCCGAGGAUCUUCACACAGAGAGUGUUUAAUUCAUUUUUUCUUCUCUUGAAGCCAUAAAUAUAAAAUUUUUUAAAAUUUGACUUUGUGCUAUAAAAUGUCACAACAUGCCUGGAAAACACCUAACACACCAAAUGCUUAAGAAACUCCUUUUCAAGGGAGACCUGGAAAUAGGCUCUGGUUAUCCCUACUGCUUGUGGACCUAUUACACUUUUUCCUUUCACUAAACUUUACAUUACUACACAGCAGUUUGAACAACCAGCUUCUUCUUAGGGGCUUAUCCUCUUGGUCAAAUGUGUUAUUGACUC